AUGGCUGAUCGUCCUCAUGUUCCUUAUAAUACACCCCCAUCGAGCCCUUAUAGACAUCCUCCGUCUAGAAAUCCUCGUUCUCGCAAGACUUCAUCUUCAUCGGGUCCUAGGGUUUCUUCUCAGAAAAAGGGAGAUCCGCCUAGAGGUUCUCGUGUUGUUAAUCGUCCUUCUCCUAACCCUUCUCCUCAGCGUUCGGAGCCGAUGAAUUUUCAGCCUCUUCGUUCUGUGGCUCAUAUUAAGGCGCCUUCUCAAAAACCCAAGGCUUCGCAAACCACUGUCUUGGUGAAGGACCCUUCUUCCAAAGGGGUUGCAUCGAAGGCAAACUUGUCAAGGAAUGCUGCAACUAAUAGAAAGGCUUCGGAGAUGAGUCCUCCAAAGAAGCCAUCGUCAGGCAAGGCCGUAUCUUCCGAGGCUGCUCCAGUUAUCUGA